UCGACCAAUAGAAUAGGAAGGGCGUGAUAAAAUAGCGUAAAGCGUGAAUGCUGGUGCUAUGCGCGAGGAAACGACACGGGAGUAAACGGAAAUCCUAGGUUGACAGAAUCAAGAGGUCCAAAAAUUUCAAUCGGGAUCUGAAGGAAUCAUGUCUCAGGCUGAAUUUGACAGAGCUGCAGAGGAGGUGAAAGUCCUGAAGACCAAGCCAAGCGAUGCAGAAAUGCUGGAUGUUUAUAGCUUAUAUAAACAAGCUACGGUGGGCGACAUCAACACAGCUCGUCCUGGUAUGUUGGACUUCGCAGGCAAGGCCAAGUGGGACGCCUGGGAGAAACGGAAAGGAAUGAGCAAAGAGGAGGCUAUGAAAGCCUACGUCGAAAAGGUGGAGGAGCUGAAGGUGAAGUACGGGAUCUAAAUGUCGGAGGACCAGGGAGGAAACGCACCCCAUGGGAAGCUACUAGAACCUUUCUGGCUGUCCCUGCAGGCCGGUCAUCUGAUGAUAUGCCUUAAACCCCUGUCCCAAAAGCCCCCAAAAUACUGUAUGUUUAAUGCCAAGUGUGAUUAAAAACGCAGUGGGACCGAAACACCUCAGACCAGGAUGCCGUCCACCAGCAGUCACAUAACAAUUUGUCCUGUUUUUGCCUUGCUGUAAACUGAUGUGAUAUAAAGGAACCAAGGUUUAA